AUUAAAAAGGAGGAAAUUCUCUGCAGGAGCACCUCUCACGCACGGCACCCCCGGGUGGCUCCAGCGGCCCAACUAACGCCUGCGCCUUCCCUUUCAGACAUCCACGAAUCCCCCAUUCUGGAAGACGACGACGACUUCGACCCCGUCCCCAAAAGCACCACGACCACCAUCGCUACCUCGGAGCAGAGCACGGAGUCCUGCGACACCAGCCCCGACAUCAUCUCCCCCACCAUGAGCCAGGAGUUCGAGGAUUUAUCGCAAGGCCACUACGAUUUCCCGGCCGUGAACGGACAGAGUCUAACAGACGAGGACACUGCCGACGGCCUGGACUAGGCGCACGGCCCCGCCGGGGGCCCCCCAGGAACUCUCUCGUAUUUAUAUCCGUGCGUUUAUUCCGGGAGGAGGGGAGCAACGGCCGAGCGAAGAAGCUCAGGAGGACGGAUCCCCUUCCCGUGGAUCCCCUUCUGCCCACAGACCGCCGCUGUAGCACAACCCCCCCCGACCUGAGACGGGCAAAUCAGUAAAAAAAAAAAAAAAAAAAAAAAAAGGUUUAAAAA